CUCUGUUCCUCUAUGAGAAGGAGGAUGUUGGGUGGUGUAUGCAUGUGGCAUUUGGGGCUUCUGUUUUUGGGGUUAGGAUGGGUGCAUGGACAAAGCCAGACCAACUUCACAAGGCCCAUUUUCCUGUGUGGUGGUCAUUUGGUGACAGACUCCGGUUUUGUGGCCAGUGAGGGUUUCCCCUCACAUUACAAACCAAACUCCAAAUGCACAUGGUACAUCACAGUCCCAGAGGGUCAUGUUGUGAUGCUGCAGUUUAGAAUGUUUGAUCUAGAGGCGGACCCCAUCUGUCGCUAUGACUAUGUGGAUGUCUAUAAUGGACACUCGUACACAGUCCAGAAACUGGGCCGGUUCUGUGGAACGUUCCGCCCUGGCGCCCUCAUUUCUACCUCAAACACCAUGAUGGUGGAGAUGGUGUCUGAUGGCAGCACAGGAGGAAGAGGAUUUCUCGCUUAUUUUAGUGGAGGAAAACCACAUGUUGAUGAGAAUCAGUUCUGUGGUGGCAGACUGACUAAGCCUCAGGGUUCACUGAAGACACCCAACUGGCCAGAAUCUGAUUACCCGGCAGGCAUCAGCUGCUCUUGGCACAUAUCUGUGGAGACCAACAUGGUGAUUGAGGUUAAGUUUGAGAAACUGGACUUGGAAUCAGACACAUACUGUCGCUAUGACUACGUGGCCCUGUUCAAUGGGGGAGAGACCGAUGACUCGCGGCGUAUUGGGAAAUUCUGUGGAAACUCGGCUCCAGCUGUGGUAGUGACCAAUGGAAAUGAGCUGUUGGUGCACUUCGUCUCAGAUCUGAGUGUCACAGCUGCAGGAUUCAUGGCUCACUACAACAGUAUCCCCCGUGGCACCCGCACACCCACAUCUGGCCUGGAAGCAGUAUCUAGACCUAGAGUCAAAACUACACCUACUAAAUCCAUUACUCCACCAGCCAGACCUAAACCUAAAAUUAAACCUACUGUAAGGCCCAGGUCGACACCAAAAUCUCCGAUAAGGCCUGUGCCACCCAGACCAACUCCUAAGCCAAGAUCAAAGCCCAUGCCCAAGCCCAAACCAGUCCGACCUAUUCCCCCAGCAAAGCCUACAACAAGAUCUAAUAAUAGAGUCACACCAAAACCUGCAGUAAAAGUGACAGCAAAGCCUAAGACUAAGCCAAGAGCUAAACCUGGAAUUAAGCAACUAAAGCCAACAAGUGCAACAGAAAAACCAAAAGUAAAGCCUGGUGUGAAACAAACAGCAAAACCAAAGACUAGUCCAAUCACAAAACCUGGGAACAAAACAACAAUAAAAGCAGCUUCGGUGGGGAACCCACUGUGUUCACUACCAUGCACGAGAAUAGGCACUCUUGUGACCCGUUUCUGCCCCAGUCAUUUUGUGCUGACUGGUAAAGUGACAUCGGUGACUCCAGGAACUCAAGGCAGUGCUCAAGUAGGCGUGUCCAUCAUGAAGAUAUUUAAGACAAGUAGACUUAAUAUAAAAAAGAGAGGAUCCACCAUGUCUGUCACAUUGACAGCAACAUGCAUGAAGUGUCCAGCACUGCGUAAAGGAGAGAUCUAUGUGCUGAUGGGUCAUGUGAAUGAUGAUGGGCUUGGCACUCUGACCCCAUCCAGCUUUGCCCUUCAGCAUAAGUCAGUGCAUGACAAAGCACUGGCCAAUCUCGCAAAGAAAUCAUGCUGACCUCACAGCCACCUUGACCAGUCGCAAUGGGGGAAACAAGUUUAAUCCAACCCACUCUGGAUUAUAGUACUUCACAACCUCAAAAUCAGUCAAAAUUAAUGGAAAUGUUCAAAUAAACUAAAUCCUUAAUUAUUAUUGAUAUUAAAUCUAUAUGCUAAUAUGUCUAUUUUUAUUAGCUGUGUUUUUGUACCAUGCAAACAUUUUGAUAUGACACAGUGUAUUCACUUUAAAUUAUCAUGCUUCUUCAAUUAAAGGAUUUU